UAAAGCUUUCUUAUUGUAUUUUCAAUAGAUAUUCAUUUAAUUAAAAUAAUUGAAAGCGCAGAAUGUCAAUUGAAAUGUCAUUUUGACUGCAAGUAUUGUUGUUUUGCAAUAAAAAGCUAUUAUAAUUAAUAUUUUGGAUAAUACUUCGAAUUGUUGAUGAUAAUUUUGAUGCUCGAAAAUUAUAAAUAAUAACCGGAAAUUACAUUAUUCUACUCCACAUUUAUUUGAAUUUUUAAUAAAUUACGAAAUAAUGAUAAAAAUCGAUUACAUGAAAAGAAUUUAAAAAUCUCAUUUUUCGCGCCAUUUUACAUUCAAAUCGCGCAGCACUGACGGACGGCUUUGAAAACAGCCUAUAACCUUUUAUUUAGAGACACAUGUUCUUCACUCUGCCGCAUGUAUAAGCCGAGCCAUGAGUAGUCUCCACACGUGUUUCUAAAUUUUAAAGUGCUUGUGUUACAUAUUUAGUUAAAAAUGUCGACGCCAGACGAUGGGGCCAUCGUUCACAAAAAACAUAGAGAACGCAAUGCAGGUCGUAAAGCUGAUAAGAAGAAAGAUAAAAAUGCAGCAAAUCUACCUGAAGAUCCUAAACAAAGGAAUCCUAAGGCAUUUACUUUCAACAGUGCCAUCAAAGCCGAAAGAAGAUUCCGUCGUAAACAAGAUAUUGACGCAAAAAGGACACAUGUCCCUGUUGUUGAUCGAACACCCCUUGAGCCUCCACCAGUACUGGUUGCCCUAGUAGGUCCUCGAAAAAGUGGAAAAUCAACCCUUAUGCAGUGUCUCAUCAAAAGUUUUUCAAAAAAUCCAUUGUCAAGUAUCACUGGCCCUGUUACAAUGGUAACUGGAAAAAAAGCCAGAGUCACAUUUAUCGAGUGUAAUAAUGAUAUUAAUAGUAUGAUUGAUAUAGCUAAAGUUGCUGAUUUAGUACUGUUACUAAUUAAUGCAUAUGACGGUCUUGAAAUGGAUACUUUUGAAUUUUUGAGUAUGUGUCAAGUACAUGGAAUGCCAAAAGUAAUAGGUGUGCUCACACAUUUAGAUAAAUUCAGUAAUGCAAAGCAGAUGCGCAAAGCUAAAAAAGAAUUGAAACAUCGUUUUUGGCAAGAAAUUUAUGCUGGAGCCAAACUCUUUUAUUUGUCUGGAAUGCAGCAUGAAGAGUAUAUGCGAAAUGAGAUAAAGAAUUUAGCAAGAUUUAUUUCAAUUCAAAGAUAUAGACCUUUAACUUGGCGAAGCUCGCAUCCUUAUUUAUUAGUUGAUAGAAUAGAAGAUUUGACGGAUCCUGAGUUAAUUCGUCAGGAUCAAAAAACUGAUAGGACUGUGUCUGUUUAUGGAUAUAUUCGAGGAAUACCUUUGUUAAAAAGUUCCCUUGUUCAUAUAGCUGGUUGUGGUGACUUCAAAGUAAAGGAUGCCUGCUUUUUACCAGAUCCAUGUCCUUUACCAGAUGAAAUAAAAAAACGUGGGCUCUUAGAGCGGGAAAGAUUAAUUUAUGCUCCAUUUUCUGGAGUUGGAGGUAUUGUUUAUGAUAAAGAUGCCGUAUAUGUUGAAUUAGGAGGUAGUCACUCUCACACAAAAGAGGAUUCUGGAUUGAUUGGUCAACUAAUUAACACUCAGCAGACUUUAGAUCACAAACUAGAAAAGAGUGAAAUUCAGUUUUUUACAAAUUCUGCUCCUCUUAAAUCUGGACAAAUAGAAAAAAUUUUUGAUAGUAGUAAAAUAAGUGAUAAUAUAGAUGAGGAUCGUGAUAGUGAUGGCAGUAAUGAUGAAGAUGAAGAAAUUGAAGAAGAAGAGGAUGAUGAGGACGACGAUGAUGACAAUGACGAUGACGAUGACGAUGACGAUGACGAUGACGACGAGGAUGAGGACCAAAACGAUGAUAAAACUGGUGAGAAAAGGAAAAGAAAUAAAAAGGAUGAAGAUGAAGAUGAUGAGAGUUUUGAUGAACUUAGUGACGAUGAAGAUGAUUUUGCCUUGAAUUUAGAAAGGUCAGACAAUGAAGAUGAAAGCGAUCUUAAUUCAGAUGAAGAAAACAAAGAUGAAAGUGAAACAGAUGAAGAAGACGAAGGAAAUGUUGAAUGGAAAGAAGAUAUGGCUCAAAAAGCUAAGGAUGCGUUUUUCGAGCGGAAAAAUAGAAAAAAUAUUAUGCAUUUGGUUUAUGAUGAAGAUGAACCAUUGACUGAAGAACCAGAAGCCGAAGAAAAUGGCGAAGAAGAAGAAAUUGGUGGGAUCUUCCGCGUUGUUAAAAACAAAGAGAGACGGAAGCUGGAAGACAAAGAGCUUCAGCUUGAAGAUGAUAACGUUCAUCACCAAAAAGUGCUAAAGGAAGACUGGACUGCAGAGGAAAAUAAAGUGUUAUUGGCAGAUCUCUUUGUCACUGGAAAAUGGAAAGACGAUGAAGAUGCAGAAGAACUAAUAAAAUUAGAUGAUAUGGAUGAUGAGGAUAUUUAUGGUGAUUUUGAGGAUCUAGAAACAGGUGAAAAACAUACAUCUACCAAUUCGAAAUCUGAUGCCGAAAAAGUCCCCAAAGAAAUGACUACAGACGAAAUGGACGAACGAAAAAAACUUAUGGAAAAGAAAGAAAAACUUAAAAAGAAAUUCGACAAAGAAUACGAUAACCCUGAUAAGACGUAUCUAGAUGACUGGAAAGAGAGCGUCAAUCGCCAAGCCGAAAUUAAUAAAUCCGAAUACGAAGACAUGCCCGACGAACUUCGUGUUAUCCAUGAAGGUUUUCGCCCAGGAAUGUACGUCCGAAUCGAGAUCGAAAAAAUGCCAUGCGAGUUCAUCACCAACUUGGAUGCUAGCUACCCCAUAGUAGUAGGUGGAUUAUUGCCUGGUGAAGAAAACAUUGGAUACGUUCAAUCGAGAAUUAAACGCCACAGGUGGUAUCACAAAAUACUCAAGAGUAAGGAUCCUCUUAUUAUGUCCAUUGGUUGGAGGCGCUUCCAAACCAUACCGAUCUUCGCCGAAUUAGAGCAUAAUUUGCGUUUGAGGCUGGCCAAGUAUACACCGGAGCACGCAUAUUGCAUGGCAAACUUUUGGGGACCAAUGACUCCGCAAGGUACUGGUAUCCUGGCGAUUCAGGAUGUAGCCAGAGUUGGAAAGGAAUUCCGCAUCGCAGCUACUGGUACUGUCGUUGAGCUCGACAAGAGUAACAAAAUUAUGAAGAAACUGAAGCUCGUUGGUGAGCCGUACGCUAUUAAAAAGAAAACGGCGUUCAUCAAGGGUAUGUUCAACAGUGACAUAGAAGUGGCCAAGUUCGAAGGUGCUCGCAUCAGAACGACCUCGGGCAUACGUGGUCAGAUCAAGAAAGCCGUAAACACAAAAAUUAAUUAUGAACAAAACGAAAAUCAAGUGGCAAAAGGAACCAAAAAAGUUAGAGAGGCAGGAGGUCGCUUCCGUGCCACCUUUGAGGACAAGAUCCUACUGAGUGAUCUCGUCUGCUGCAGAACUUGGUACAAAGUGGAUACGCCGCAAUACUACAAUUGCGUGACAUCUCUGCUUCUACCUCCAGAGGAGAAGAAUCGCUGGAAGGGAAUGAGGUGUGUCAGAGAGUUGAAACAAGAGGCUGGCAUAAAGGUCGUGCCGAAUCCUGACAAUCUGUACACGCCCGUGGAGCGUCAACCUAAGGUCUUUAAGCCUCUGUUCGUACCUAGAUCGUUGCAGAAAUCGUUGCCGUACAGAGACAAGAUCAAGGUAACUCCGAGCGGCGGUUCGACGUUCGAAAAGAGGCGCGUCGCCGUGGUGCGUGACGCCAAAGAGGAAGCCCUUGCCAAAACGAUGCAGAGCAUCAGAACGAUUUACGCGUACAAACAGGAGAAGACGAAACAGGAAACGGCCAAACGAAUCGCGGACUACGAUAAGCGAAUCAAGGAUGAGCAAGUUAUUAAGACGAAGAGGCUGAGAGAGCAGAAGAAGGAACUAUUUAGGGAGAAGACCAAAGAGGCGGCUAAAAAGGAAGCAAAAAUGGGUACCUUAGGUAAUAGAAAGGGUGGAAAAAAAGGUGGUAAAAAGCAAAGAGGCGAUGAUUAAGUGUAGUUAAAUGAAUAGAUAUAAGAUACCACAUUUUGUAAAAAUGUACAUAAUUUUAAUAAUUUUACUUUUUUAAAUAAAGUAUUAAUCGUUAAUCAAA